GCUUCCUGGGGGUUCCUCUCAUGGCGUGAUCCGCAAUUCCUGGAGGGUCGGCGGCCCUGUGUGACGGGAGCUUCUCCCGGGAGCUCGGCCUGUCCCCGCGCGGCUCUGGCUCCUGGGCCCUGCCCGGCUGGCUGGUGUGAGGGGAGGCUCUGCCCAGGGCGGGUCCAUCAGCCUCGGGCUGUGCCCUGGCUCCGUGCUUGGCUCCGGCGUCUGCUCUCCCAUCCCUCCACCCUCUGUCACCUCCGCCUGCUGCUCACUCGGUGGACAGAAGGGUCCGCAGGGGCUUUUCCUACGUGGCGUGGCUGAGACGAAACCGGUCAGCCCUGGGGACUUCAGUCUCCUAAUUGUCUAAGUUACUUUGUGGCAUUUAAUUUAUUCGGGCAGUUUGCUUCACAGGAGCCUGGAUAACUCAUUGGGCCGAGGACCCCAGCGCCGACGGGUGGCUAUGCAGAUCCCCGAGGCAAUUCUCACCAAUAAGGAGCUACAGGAGGCAGUUGGAGCCCUCCCCAGCAACUAUAACUUUGAGAUCUACAAGACGGUCUGGAGAAUUCAGCAGGCCGAGGCAAAGAAAGUGGCUCUGCAGAUGCCCGAAGGCCUCCUCAUGUUCGCGUGCACCAUCGCUGACAUCAUUGAAAGGUUCACCGGUGCCGAGGUGGUGGUGAUGGGAGACGUGACCUACGGUGCGUGCUGUGUGGAUGAUUUUACAGCGAGGGCCCUUGGGGCCGACUUCAUGGUGCACUACGGACACAGCUGCCUGGUUCCCAUUGACACCACGCAGGGGGUGAAGAUGCUCUAUGUGUUUGUGGAUAUCAAGAUCGACACGUCCCACUUCGUGGAGACCAUCCACUUCAACUUCCCCAAGGGCGCCUGCCUGGCUCUUGUCAGCACCAUCCAGUUUGUCUCUGCUUUGCAGGCGGCAUCCCAGGUGCUGCGCUCCGAGUACAAGGUCAGCAUCCCGCAGUGCAAGCCGCUCUCGCCAGGCGAGAUCCUGGGCUGCACAUCUCCCCGGCUGGGGCCAGACACAGAUGCCAUUGUGUACCUGGGGGAUGGGCGCUUCCACCUGGAGUCUGUCAUGAUUGCCAACCCCCGAGUUCCUGCCUACAGGUACGACCCCUACAGCAAAGUCUUCUCCAGGGAGCACUACGCCCAUGAGCGCAUGCAGCAUGCCCGGCAGGAGGCCAUCCACACCGCUGCCCGCGCCCGGAGCUGGGGACUCAUUCUCGGGACCCUGGGGCGCCAGGGCUCCACCUCCAUCCUGCAGCACCUGGAGGCGCGGCUCCAAGCCCUGGGCCUCCCGUUCGUCAGGGUGCUGCUCUCGGAGAUCUUCCCUAGCAAGCUGCAGCUGUUCCCCAAUGUGGACGCGUGGGUGCAGGUGGCUUGUCCCCGGCUCUCCAUUGACUGGGGAGGAGCCUUCAGCAAGCCGCUGCUCACACCCUAUGAGGCUGCUGUGGCUCUGAAGGAAAUCGAGUGGCAGCAGACUUACCCCAUGGAUUUCUAUGCCGGCCAGUCCCUGGGGCCCUGGACAGUCAACCAUGCCAGCCACCAGUCCCAGAGGGGCACCGGCCAGCCCACGCAGAGGAAGCUGCCUGAACCUUUGGUACCAGUGGAUGCUGGUGUGGGGAAGCAAUGCACCGACUGCAGCUGUCAAGACAAGGCCCCAGUGCAGCCACAGCACCCCUGAACCCCCAAGCCAUGGGGAUAUUGGCAGGUACAGCCCUGCAGUUACCAGCCUGGAAAAAAGCGCACCCAGCUUUGCUCUCAGGAAGGGCUGUCUCUGACUUCAGAGCUGGUGAAAGGGGCCAGUUCAACAGCCCUGUAGAUUGAUUGACUGGCACCCAGAGUAGGCAGUGGCAGGGCCCCUCUCACACUGCCCUGGGAAACCAUCUCUCAGUGGCUGGCCCAUUCAGCCCGAAGUGUCUCCACAGAGGCUGCCUGAAAGGACCAGCUGUAGCAGUGGUUACUGUGAUAGGGACUGUUCCCUGGGCACUGGACCGAGAUCCCCCCAUUGAGGAACAGCUGUGCCCAGACCAUGAUUAAUUUGCAUUGAAAUGCCCUGUGUGUACAACAGAGAGGUGGAAAUGGUGCACGCCAAGGCCCUUAAACUCUGCUGGGUUUCGGACAUAGUCUCACUAACUGGGGAUGUUUAGAAGCACAAAGCUGGGAACAGUGCUGAGGUUCCGAUUGCACCCCGUCUGCUGUCUGGGGAAGAUUGAUUUUACGCCAACACACUGCUCCGUUCCCCUCGGUGCCUCAGCCCCCGUGUACAGACAUCAAGGCUCAGUCUGGGGGUGGCAGUGAACUCUGACUUACACACUGUGGUUACCUUGAUAAAUUUGCCAGUUGCAGUGGAGGGACAGAUUCUUUAUCAGUUUGUGUUUCACCUUCCGUAGUUUGCAAAAUCCUCUUUGAAACUUGGAAAUAAAGUGUCCUCCAGCCCCAGAGGCCUUUGA